UGUUCAUAGUUAAUAGAAAGAUGCAAAUAUGUUUAAAUGAAAAAGCUGUUUGCCAUGAGGAAGUUGAUGCUGUCCGGAAUGUAAUUGUAAAAAUAGCACAAACGUUUCAAAACGGAUGCAACCAUGCAGGAAUUACAUAACUGAGUUUAAAAGAAUUCAGAACCAGUUGUUAUUUUUGAGCCUGUUUCUGGCUGCUUCAUCCAAGUAAUUUUUGCAUUCAUAGAUAGAGACUCUGGAGUAAGCAAUGUAAACUUUGGUUAAUGAGCUGUUCUGCAACUUUAAGUGUGCCUUUCAGCAACUCAUGGUAGGAUGGUCUCCGCAAAAAGAAAGGAGGAAUGCUAUGAACUUGGUGGCCAAAAGAUCAUCUUAGUUAAUAAAUUAAUUAACAGUUGUAAAAGUCAGUGAAUAAUUGAGAAACUAUUGUGCGUGUCAUGAAAAUCUUUGUACUAUUACAACCUCCUUUACUUUGAACUCUUAUGCUGCCUGUUAAUUUAAUCUUUUAAUAAAGUGAAAAUCAUAGAACUGACAUGGUCAUUCUGUCAGAAAUCUCAAAGCAAGUGGUGAUGGUAGAACUGAUAGUUCCUUGAGAAGACCAAAUUGAGGAGUCUUUGAACAUAAGAUAGCCAGAUAGCAAGAGCACUGCCAGAGACAGGGAUGGAAAGCAUGAUGCGAGCCUAUAGAGGUGGGGUGUAGAGAUCUUGUUGGAUGCUCGCUGUGCAGAAACUAAUCUCUCUUUGGCAUUAUGGGGAUUGCCAUCAGGACCAUCACAGCGGCUGCUGAAUGAGCCUCCAGUUGGCUGAGGAUCAAGAGUCGUGACCUAUGGACCAGUGCUACUGAGACACAAGCCGGGACAUGAUCAGCCCUGGCUGGGUCGCCUGGACGAGAGCAACUCAUGUUGAAAGACUGGAAACAUCAGAUGGCAUUGAUUACAAGACGACAACAAUUCUCUUAGAUGGACGGCGGGUGAAAUUACAACUCUGGGAUACAUCUGGACAAGGCAGGUUCUGUACCAUUUUCCGUUCCUACUCUCGAGGAGCACAGGGUGUAAUUUUGGUUUAUGAUAUUACAAAUCGUUGGUCAUUUGAUGGUAUCGACAGGUGGAUCAAGGAAAUAGAUGAGCAUGCUCCAGGUGUGCCCAAGAUCCUGGUUGGAAAUCGCCUUCACUUGGCUUUUAAGCGACAGGUGUCUACAGAUCAGGCGCAGGGUUAUGCAGAACGGCAAGGCAUGACAUUCUUUGAAGUCAGCCCAUUGUGCAAUUUUAAUAUAAUUGAAUCAUUCACAGAACUGGCUCGGAUUGUGCUAAUGAGGCAUGGAAUGGACAGACUUUGGAGACCAAACAGAGUGUUAAGCCUGCAGGAUCUGUGCUGCCGAGCCAUUGUUUCCUGUACACCUGUGCAUCUGGUGGACAAACUUCCCCUUCCUGUUGCCUUAAAGAGUCACCUUAAGUCUUUCUCAAUGGCAAAUGGACUGAAUGCCAGGAUGAUGCAUGGGCGUUCCUACUCUCUCACUGCUAAUGGCAGCAAACAUAACAGCUUGAAGAAGUCUAAGAUCAUUCGUCCUUCUCACAGCCCAAUACAGAGUUGCACUCGAAACAGCUGCAAAAUAUCUUAGUUUCAAUGCUAUAAUCUGUCUAUGAAAAAGAAAACUGAAAUGUGAUCACCAUGUACAGUAUGCAGCUUGAUGAGCUGUCUGAUGUUCCUGUUUUUCAAAAAACUGCUUCCAAACUGUAUUUGUAAAGGGUCCAUCAGUUGUCGAGUUGGAGUUUGCACAUGGGAAGAAAUGAUGCUGCUAGUUAAACAGUAAUAGAUUACAGGGACCUCUGAUUCUUGUGAGUGUUCAAUUGAAGUAGAAAUGAUCAUGUGGUUUACAACAGUUUGGUGUCAAAAAGAAAAUAGUGUUUGUUCAUUUCAGUGUGAACCAAGCAGUUCAAUUGUCUCAAAUUGCAACAGAUUAUUUUGGAGGAAUUAAGUAUGUAAAAUGCUGAUGUGUGCUGGAAUUUGAAUUACAAUGUACACUAUAUGUUGUUUAAAAUAUUUUUAAGUAUUACAGUCAGAAUAUAGAUCUCAAUGACAGUUUAAGGAUCAGUUUUUAGGAAUAUGGUUUGCCUUGACAACUUGCAGGCACCUAUAAAUUAACUGGCAAAAAUGUAAAAUUAAUAUGCUGAUAAAACUUUUGAAAUUUGCUAUGUUAAUCCAUUUCAAUUGCUCUGGUGGUUGUUACUAUUGUAGGUUAAUAAUACUCCAAUGGUUUGUAAAUAUAAUUUUCCUUGUGGGACUAUAGUUUGUUUUUGUACAGAAACAAAAAUGUUUUGAAGUACAGUACAAAGGGAAUAGAAGUGCCAAAGGUGUUCUUGGUAGAAAUAUUGUGUUGGUGUUGGAGAAAUGGGAUGUAGGUGCAAUGGCAACAAAACUUUCUGCAUUAAUUAUCCAUAAUUGUUUUAUAGUUAAAACACUCCAGAUGGAGUAGGGUAAACAGGAAACAUCUUUCUGGGCAGAAAUGUACUUUAUAAUUAUUUUAAAUGUGACAGUUUUGUAAAAAUAGACAUAUUUGCCUGGGACACCCUUUUAUUUCAAUGUGCUCUUGGCUGUUUUACAGCUUGAGCUAUUGUUGUGUAUAAGGUUUCAUAAAGAUAAUGCUUCAAUUUAAAAGAGCAUAGAUGCAGUUUCUUUAAAUACCUAUAUCUUACAAAAUGCAGGAAGAUUUCAGGAAUGAAAUAGUUGCCCACCAGUCAUAUUACUGUUCUUCAAACAUAGCAUCUACAUUUCCAUUUCCAUUCUGGGUCUUAACUGAUAUAGUGGAUUUCGGCUAAUUGGGGCAGCCAUUUAUUUGGGACAACUCUUAAAAAGCAAAAAUGAAUAGAGAAAAUAGACUGGAUUAAUUUUGUUUUUUCGGGACACUACGCUGCUUAAUUGGGAUAGGAGACUGUUGCUGAAUAGUUUCUAACUAGAGUCAGUCACAUCCACUUGUGUGGUUGUUAGACACUACACCGUGCAGAGGGCGAAGUUUUUAAAAUAGUGUCAGUAGCACCUGCUUGUGUUAUGUUAUCCAUUUGGGCUGACAAAAAGCAAUAUUAUUUUGACUUGCUGUUUUUCUCCCUGUGGUUUCAAGCAUUCAGGCUUGGGGGUGCCAGAAACAGCUGGGAGUAAAAUGAAACAAUUUCACUAUUUCAACAAGCUAUGAACAAUAAAAAAUUUGAAGGAAUUAACAAUCAUCUUGAAAGUUACAAUGAAAAUUAAGAUGUGGGGGAUGUAAUUGUCGAAAGCAUUGUGUCAAAACACUAAGGCAUAAAAUUUGAAGACAAGGAAAGUGAUGAAGUUGACACAUCUGAACUUCAGCUAGUGACUACACAAAAUGUCAGCAAAUAUAUUGUUGGGUUAUGACACUACUUCAUAUAGGAGGGCAUUGAAGGCCAUCCAUUGUCCGUACUUGUUGUCUGCACUGAUUUUAUUCAUUCACAAUCAAUCAAAAGAAAACAGCAGCAUACAUUGGAUGAAUUCCUUUUAACUAAUUAGGAACUAAUACAGUUUUAUAGUACUGUAGUGUUCUAAUUUGUUCUGCAUUUAAUUUAAAUAUAUAAUUUGUUACUCAGUUAAAUGGUAGUUUGUCUCUUUUAUACCUUUUUAAUUAUUUCCAUGAAACUUCAGCUAAUUGGAGCAGCUGCUUAAUUGGGCCAAAAUGUACUGGUCCCAAUGUGUCUCAAUUAACCAGAAUCCACUGUAUUUUGCCUCAAUGGUCUCAGUAGACAAAAUUUGUUUUUAAUCAAGUGCCAAAACAGGAGGAAAGGGUUUGCUAGGAUCAGUCACAGCUACAGAAGUGUGCUUGAAGUCAGUUUUUUGGAAAUAUAUUGAUGUUGACAAUAGUUGUGGAAAAUCGCAAUCAUCCCAUCUUCCACUCUGAUGUCUGUUGCUGGUUGAAGGGAGAAAUAUUUUUCAUGAUUAUCUGUACAAGGUAAUUGUGUCAAUUAAAGUGAAAAUAAUUCUUUUAAGUUAAAACACAUUACUGCAACUUUUUUAAUGUACAAGGUAUUUUGCAUUAAUUUGAAAUAAAGAUGUAGGUACUGAUAUGAAUUUCUGUCCAAAGUCAGUUUUCUACCAUUUUAGCAAUUUAGCCACCAAAUAUAAGCAUUAAAGGCAAUGAUAGCAAAAUGCAUGCUUUUCAGCACUUACAGUAAUUAGUGUUGUAUAUAGCAACAAAUGGCUCAUAAACUUUUGAAUAUAAUACACAUCUUUCUAAAUUAUAUGAUGUUGAAAAUACAGCACUGAGACGGGUAAAUUGGCACACAAAUUCUGUUUUGGUAUACCACUUAAAUCUCCUCUUGCCCUUUGUCAUCUGUAUAUCAUGGUAACUACUCCAUUCUAACUUUUCUGCUUGUCCAAAAAUUUCUAAAGCACAUCAACUUUAGUCAUUUCAGCUUCCCCCUUUGGCAAUGACUUUAACAUUCUCAUCACUCUUUACAUAAACCUGUUUCUUCUAAGUUUCUUGUUGGUUAUAUCAUCUCUAUUUAUUGUCAUUCCCAUAUGGAAAUAUCCACUUUGAAUCAACUUCACCCAACUCUUAAAUAAUUUUGAAGAUCUCUUUUAGAUUACUUCAGCCUUCUUUUCCCAAGUGCAAAGAGAUCUCAUGUUUAUCUGUACCUGAUAUGUAUGCUUGUGCAUUUUGGUAUCUCCUUGCAAAUCAGUAUACUCUCUCUAUUGCCUCUAAGUUUACAUUUCUGGUUACCAUAUUAUAGGCUGUACUCUUAAGUUUUGUUGCACCAAGGUUCACUACAGGUUAAGCAUACCUUCUUUACUUUUCAUUUCUAUCUUAUUCGUUUCUACUGCUUUAUUUGGCUCUGCUUACCUGUGGAACCUAUUCAGUUUUAUUAUCGGCAACAUUGAACACAAGCAAAACAUUUAGUGUGUACUUGAAUCAGAAAUCUGAUGGUGGAGGGGAACCUGAUACUUUUUUUUAAUUGCUUUGUGGCAGAUGGAUGUAGUGCAUUGAAACGCCAACAUGAAUCUAUAGACUUAUGUUCACAAUCAUUCCAAGUUCUAGCCACAUACUUACGAAUGCGUUGAUAACACUAGCAGGUAAAAAAUCAGAUCACAAUAACUUUUAUUCUCACUAGUUUAAUCAGCUAAUGAUCUUAAAAUUCAUGCUGUAAAUUGCUCUUUUAAAUAUGUUUAAAUGCAUUUGUUGCUAUGUUUACUCAAAUGAGCAACAUUUUGUAUCAUUUAAGUUUUUCCUCCCAUUUUGGACUCUCCUUUUGGAAAUUCUGUGGUAAACCUUUCAUGGCAUUUCUCACCGGGUCCGGAAGUUUCAUUGGGAGUUUUCAUAUUAGGCAUUAUCUUCGCUGAAGCUUAAAUCUCAGUAACUUGUACUAUUUUAAUGUCACAAAUUUAUUUAAAGAAAUAUCAAAUGACCGGUGAAGUAAAACUUGCAAAUAUUGAUACUGAAAGAAACAAGCUCCAUUGAUUUUUAAAGUAUGAUUUCUUAACAAUUUCACCUUAUACAACUAAUAAAUUUGCUCAUGGGUUCUAAACCAUUUAUCCAUUUAUAUUAUUGAUGGUGUUACAAAAUAAUUUGUUUAUUCUUCACUUGCUUUCAUAAAUGUUGAAGA